AUGUCGCUUCAAUUACCGGAGCCCCCCUCUUCUCCGCUCGUGUCCAACAGCUUUCUCUACAAUUUGCCGGACCCCACGCUCGGCUUUCCAUCUCCUUCGGCGGCAGCUGGCAAGCUUGGGAUUCCUCCAAGUCCCUUCAAGCGUUCGACUAUCGCUUCCCUCAACCAGCCUCUCUCUCUCGAGCAGACUCAACAGCUUCAGUCGCACCAGGCGAAAUCAGCCCGCCCUGCACACCACGUCCCUUUCUCAGCACCGUCUCGUAGCCCACGCAGCACAAGCCGUCUGCAAGCCAAUUUGAAUGCUCCAGGCGGGCUUCCGACUCCUCCCAGCUCUUCUGAAGCUUUGACCACCACUCCGCGUGCGCCUAAUCAGCGCCUCGCCGCUCUACCACGCGAGCCAGUCUCACCUUCCCCACCGCGCACUCGCAAUGCAGUCCUAUCUCCAGCUCGAACUAGAGACGCUCGAGCCUCUCCAUCCAAACCCUCUCGUCUGUCUUCCACUCCUGGUUCCAGUCGGCAUGCUUCCUCGUCAAGACGUACGCUCGGCACUGAUGGCAACGAAGACAGCGAUGAUGACGACCACUUUCUCAGAACGACUCUCAGCAAGACACCUAGACAGAUGCAGCCUCUGCGCGAGCUCGACGAGGACAGCGACGCUGAUGAGCAAGACGAGCAAGACGAAGAGAUCAAACUCAUCAGCUUCAAGCGAGGUGGCGCCGAUGCCACCUUUAUCCGCGAGAUCAAAGAGAACGGUUGGGAUCAGCCAUUGCCACCCAGCCCAAUCAAAUUCACCUACCUCGAGCCAACUGCUCCUCGACCACCGCGUCGAUCUUCUGUAGACCUACGCUCUCGCUCGCACUCUCGAUCCAAAACACCUCAGAUCCGCGCUUCCCCCGCGCCCAGCCAUGCGUCCACAUCCAGAGCCUCAAACCGCGCUCGCUCUGUACGCGCUUCAUCUGCAGCUGCUGCUGACGAGACCAACAACAUCUCGGACGAGUCGAUCAAGAGUUCCGGCUCGGCGCUGACGCACACCAGCCGAAUCUCACUAGCUCGCUCAAGGCAAUCUUCUUCCAGUCGCAGAUCAGCUGGCAGAUCGUCUGUGGCCCCACCUGUCGUUAUUGCCGAUCUCACACGUGACCAUCCUUCACUUCCCGAGUCACCUAGUGACGAUCCGCUGCUGCUCACUGGCCCAGACACCUACGUCGUCUAUCAUGACCAGACGCCUAGCGCCAAAAACAGAUCGACCUCGCGCGUUCUGAAAGGUGCUGGUGCUCAAACGGAUGCUAGUCUGUCGAUGCUCAGUCAUUCGACUCCUCUUCCAGCCGCAUCCAAUGCAGCUACCCAUGCCUUGUCACACCGCAGAGAUAGCAGCAGCUCAAUGUCUUCGUCUGCCAGCCGUAGCUCCUUGUACACGCGUAUGUCAGGCCGACAGGCUGCCGAUGCUUCCGCUGGCAUGCCCAACGACGAAGUGGGCGAGAACGAGAGUCAGCGCGACGAGCAAGCCAACCACACUUUCACAGACACUGGCAACCAACAGCGACUGUCACAACAAAGCGUUGACCCACCCAGAUUUCUGCCUUUCGACGAUACAGGCUUCGCGUCCGAUUCGGACCAGGACGAAUCUGCUCCUGUCGAAACAGACCCAUCUCCAUCACGCACACCACCACCGCCCCAAUUCGAAACCGAGAACCCUGAGGACAUGUCGUCCCUGAGCGACAUCCCGCACAGCUUUGCGGAUGACUCAGCUGUUCAAAGCAGCGACGAGAUCAGCGCGCCCGUCAACGUGUCAGUCGUUGAUUCCUCGAUUGAUCAGGAUGACAGUGCUAUCAUUGACCAGAGCCUUCAUGUCGAUUUUGCUGAUCAGAGCAUGGAUGCCAGCGCUCAAGACGAACAACGAGAGACUGACGCUGAAGACCAAGAGCAAGAUCAGACCGUCAACAAGAGCACGAGCGUAGCAGACGAGAGCGCAGAUAGCAGCGAAGGGGUCCGGGGAGAUGUUACGCAAGAGACAAGCAAAGACCUUACUGGAGAGGUUAGCGAGGAGGUCCACGACAACCAGCAACCACUCGACGCCAGCAUCACCGACUCGAUCAAGGAUGACGAAGUUGAAGAGCACAGUGCAGACGUCAGCACAGUCGAUCAGAGUCACGUUUCUCAUGCCGUCGAGCAUUCCGUCGAUGACAGCCCCGACGUUUCAUUCAUGGAUGCUUCUGUCGAGGAAACAUCGGCCGUACACAGCAACGAUGAUCAGAGUACAGACAUCAGCGCCUCAGCUACACACGAGGCCGAUGUUGACACUUCUGUGGCCGUCUCUGAUGCAUUGCAGGCUGAAUCCACGCACCAACAGUCAGACGCCUACGACGAAUCGUUCGAAGCUAGCGUGGUUGAAACCUCUGCACGCGCUGACGUGAGCUUGGACUCCGGAGCGACGCUUUCUGCCGACUCAAGCGCUUUGUCUAGUGUACCCAGCACAAGCAGCGAACCAGCUGACCACUCUCAAGCAGCAGUCGACGUUUCUCAAGACUCUCGGGAUACCGACCCUUUCGAGCACAACUUGUCCGUCAAUUCCGCAAAUGCGGACGAGUCCAUGGCGGAUAACUCUCAGGCAGUUGCAGACGACUCUCUCGUUGAUCAAACAAGUGUGCUCGAGGACGAGAGCGUACAUGCGCAGAACGCUCUCGGUCUGCCGGUUCAGACCGGAAUGGACAGCAUCGACCUCGACAUCAGUCUUGCGCCAAGCGAGCAAGCUCCGUCUUCCGCACACCCUAUCGCUCUCACCGAGACCUUGGCAGAGCACUCGAGCGCAGUCACUUGGGAAGCGCACCCAUCCAAGUCAACUUUGAGCACGUAUGACAUCUCCAUAGAGCCUGCGCCCGACAUGGACGCUUCGGUCCACAAUCGAGACCAUGUAGAUGUGCGCAUGCUCAAGGCAGACAUGUCAGUGGCCGAACACCCUGCGGAACAAGCAGAUGAUGUCGAGAAGCAAAUCAAUCCAAGGUCACGCUCUGGAUCGGUCUCUUCGGACCUCUUAGCGCUUUCCACACUCUCCUCGGUGGACAUGCCUGAGCAAGACGACCAGGGCGAUCAAGUGUUUCGCCAAAAGUACCAAAGCAGUCGCGACACGGCGGCGGCGUGUAGGCCCACGCUGUCGCGUCGGCUUUCGCUGAGCACUGACUCGGAACACGAGAGCGAUGCAGAGGAGCAUGAAGACCACGAGGGCGAUGACAACGAGGAGGAUGAGCUCGGCGACGACGACUCUGCUAUUAGUGACGGAGCUUCUUCUUCCAGCGGCGACGGGCACGACAGCGAGGAAGAUGACGAGGAUGAGGCUGAGCACAAGAUCAACGAGGCCGAAGAAGAGGAUGCCGACGACGAUGCAAGCUCAACUCACUCGCAAUUGGAUCAAGACGAGCAGAGUGCUUCUGCCUUGGAGCCUGUCGUCAUCAUCUCAUCUUCCGCCUCUCCAUCUGGCGCCUCUACCUCUUCUCUGCAGUCAGAAAACGAGGAGGAAGAUGAGGAAGAUGAGGAAGAUGAAGAUGAAGCAGCAGCCGAAGCGGAAGCGGAAGGAUACGUCGUUCAGGUGGUGCGUGAUUCACGCGAUCGAUCGAUACGCGCUAGCGAGCACAUUGUCAUUGAUGACGAGCCAGUGAUCCACACGAUCCACCUACGACAACCGGCACCGCGUCCUGCGUCACCCGCUGACGAGACUCAUCCCAACCACACCCUGGGCGAUGCCUCCCACUCUCGCAGCCGAGUUCUUAAGCUCGGGCAAGCUACGUCGACACCGAUCGUCGAGAUCUCGUCGCUCGACCCGCGUGCCGCGGCGCGUGCGACUGCGAUUCUGAAGCUCUUCCACAAGUACGUGGAUGAAGGAUGGAUCUCCAGUACGGAGAUGGGCGAUGCGACCGAGGGGAGGAUGCGGAGGGUGGUGGAUGCGAUCCAGCGCGCUGAGAGGCAGGGAAGAAGGUUGGAAGAUGCUUCCGAACUUCAGCCAUCUUUGUUUGCGGGCGAGGAGGCAGGUGCGGAUCUGACGACGCUCUUGAUGGAUGCAGAGCUAUCGUUGGCCAGGGAGGGCACGGCAGAUUCGGAGAGCUUCUUGGGCUCCAGAGCGACCAGUGUUGCUACGGUUGCGAGGCAGCCACAGGUGACGGCGUCGCCUGCAACGCCGUUUUUGCCAGGUGGAUUCCGGGCUGCUCCUGCGCCUGCUCUUGCAGCUGGCAGUAAAGCGGCACACAUUGCUUCGCCUUUCACGAUGGCUCCAUCGCGUACAACGAUGGGCAGCAGCGCCUGUGGUGACAGCUCGUCGACUCGCACCGACGCCCAUUUGAGCAAGCGCAAGCAGUUGCACAGCUUUGACUUCCCCAGUCUCUCCAGCCCGGACCGCCCUUGCACCAACACGUCAUUGCGACCGGGCAAGCAGGCCCGGCUUUCGGCCGCUCUCGCACCGCCUACCUUGGACACACUGAACCCGCGCAUCUGGGAUACCAAAGACUGGGUGCGACUUGACAAGUACUUGACCUCUGGCGUGAAGAAAAUCGCCUCAUCGCUCCUCUCAGCGUCGACAUCGUCGGGUUCGGCACGCGCGCUAAAGGCAAAUGAGUUUGUCGAUGCGCUGCUUGGCAUCGACGUUUCACAGGUCUCGGAGCUCUUCCUGGAUGACAUGUCGAUUCCGCACGAAAGCCGUGUGGGCGAAUGGACACCGGUCAAGAUGGAGCAUCGACUGCUUGCGCUACAGCGAAAGUAUCUGCGAAAAGUGGAGCUCAGGUACGGCGCGCUGUCGGAUUCACGUCGAGAGUUGUGUCGAGAGGAGGUGCGCACAGACGAGAGCAUGCCAACGGAAGAGCUCGACUGGAGUCUGACGGGAGUAAAUACGACCAGUAGCACGACGCAAGGCAGCAAUCGAGGAAGGGUGUCUUUCGGAACACCGUAUCGUAUGGGAGCGCACAGUACGCCUGCGGUGGGACUGUUGAAGAAGGCAACUAGGAGAGCAGCGGAGGAGAACAGGACUGCAGAGAGAGAGCAGAGCAUCUACCCUCGUCUACCACGGUCUCCGGCGUCUACGAACGCGGGCGUGAUGGAGGAAGGCGUUAUCACGAAAGCGUCGAGACUCAUCUCGAGGUUGAGUGGAAGUUUCGGUGGAUUGCUCGCGAGUCCUCGGCCGGAGUCGGCAAGCCAGGUGGAUAAGGGCAAGAGAAAAGCGACGCAGGCUGAGCUCGAAUCAUGUCCGCACACCACUUUGACUCGAAGACGUAUGGACAACAGCGUCGACGCUGAGCGUACAGCUUGGAGCGAGUCUCGCGAGGUGGACUCGAGCAUCGAUUCUCUCAACACCACUAGAGCGCGAGGCAUGAGGAGCACGAUCAACGCGUCCAUGUUCACCAAUGCUACCUCUGUGCUUUCCGACACGAUGGAUCGCUCGGCUGCUGCUGCUAAGCCCUCGGAUCGCUUGCAUCCACCAAGGCGAACGCACACGGCGCUCGAAACUGGCAGCGUCAACCAUGCGUCGCGUCGCAACACGACACACGCACUCACAUCGUCGCUCCAACUAGCAGGCGGCUCAUCGGGUGUCUCUCACACGCCGCUCUCGCUGCUCUCGCCCGCAACGCACCGAGCAGCCGCUCGCAAAGUGCACGAAUUGCGUCAGAGUCGUAUACAGCGAAAUUGGACGAGCCCUAGACGUCAGCUUGCGCUCUCGGAUGCACGCGCCACCCGCGCACCUGCGAGCGUACUAGCCAGCCAGUCUGGUCGGCGUGCUCAGGCACAAGAGCACCACAUGGGCGUCGGCAAGAUUGCCGACGCCACCGCUGCCACGCUCGACCGUCAGUGA